UUUCUACAUUUUUUUUUUUUUUUUUAAUGAAGUGUUCAACGGAGACAUGGGUAGAAUGAAUCUGGCAUGAUUCCUAUUUGAUAAAAAUAAAUCCCGGAAAUCAGGACCCUUAGCUCAAGCAGUAUCAGUUCUAUGUUAUCCGUUGGUGGUUGUAUUGUUUUUUCGUUAAAUUUUCCAAAUUGGUUUUACGAGUGUACUCAUAAAAUUUAUUCAUCGUGUGUUAUAUUUAACCAAUAUGGAUAAAAAUAUAUAUGGGAAAUUGCAACCUCAACAAUAUCAUGGAACAUAUCAACCAUAUAGAUGUACGAGAAGAAAUGGUUCAAAACCAGGAUACGCAUUGCUUGCGGAUUUACAAAGUACAAUACAACAGACCAACAAAUUAAAUGGUAGUGUCAAUGGAGGAUAUGGAAGUAUUAAUAAUAUUCGAUCUCGAUUGCCUUCUAAUGGUUCACCAGUUCCACAAAGUCCAGUUCAGCCUCCAGAAUAUGCUACGGUACGAACACACAAGAUUGAACGGUCAACUUCAAAUCCAGCGGUUCGACAGGAACUAUCGGCAGCACAACCUAAGAACGAAUUUAAAUCAUCAAAAAUGACAUCUUCAUUGAAUAAUAAUCUUUCAGAACUGGAUACAUUACUUCAAGAUCUAAGUAACUCACGUUACGCUGAUAAAAAGUUAAUUAACGGAGAUUCUUAUUCCAUUCCAAAAAAAACGAGCAAUAUUCCAACCCGUCCAUCGGUAGAUUCUCUUUUGGACGAAUUGGAUACAUCAAUUUCUUCAAAAAGUAAUAUUAACAAUGGACAAAUAGUUUCAAAGCUAAUGAUGGAAGAAACUACCACAACAACUACUCGUACCGUAUGUCCAACUGCUUCAUCGGCUACGCGUGAACUAGAUGAUUUAAUGGCUUCACUAUCAGAUUUCAAGGUAUCCAGCCCAGUGCAAGCAAGUUACGCUACCGAGUCGGUGGACGCAGCCGCACCAUUGGAUUGCAUGCUAGGAAGUCUGACCGCCGAGAUGAACAGGCAAGGCGUGAACACAACGCAGAAAGGAUGUUGCACUGCAUGCGACAAAGCCAUCGUUGGUCAAGUGAUAACGGCUUUGGGCAAGACUUGGCACCCGGAGCACUUCAUCUGCAACCAUUGCAACCAAGAAUUGGGCACGCGAAACUUCUUCGAACGCGAAGGACGGCCGUACUGCGAACCGGACUACCACAAUCUGUUCUCGCCCAGAUGCGCGUACUGCAACGGACCCAUAUUAGACAAAUGUGUGACGGCCUUGGAGAAGACAUGGCACACGGAACACUUUUUCUGCGCCCAAUGCGGCAAACAAUUCGGCGAGGAAGGAUUCCACGAGCGGGAGGGACGCCCGUACUGCAAGGACGACUACUUCGACAUGUUCGCUCCCAAGUGCGGUGGAUGCACUCGGCCAAUAACAGAGAACUACGUUUCGGCCUUAUCCACUCAGUGGCAUUCAAACUGUUUCGUCUGCAGGGACUGCCGUAUACCAUUUGCUAGUGGCCAAUUCUUUGAUCACGAAGGCCACCCCUAUUGUGAAACACAUUACCAUGCUAAACGUGGAUCUUUGUGUGCUGGAUGUCACAAGCCAAUUGCUGGCCGUUGUAUUACUGCAAUGUUUAAGAAAUUCCAUCCAGAGCAUUUUGUGUGUGCUUUUUGCCUGAAACAGCUCAACAAGGGGACUUUCAAAGAACAAAAUGAUAAACCGUACUGCCAUUCGUGUUUUGAGAAGCUUUUUGGAUAGAUAAGCGACUGAUGAUAAUAAUUUAAUGACUAUUGGUUAACAUACAUAAAAUAUAUGUAUUAUCUGUGCAAUUUGUUGAAAGCAAUAAAUUUGUAUUCCCGUACUAUUAUAAUAGCUCCCAAUUAUGUUAUAAUAAAUUUAAAUAUAUGUAUACGCGUCCAAUUCUCACCAAAUUGUUAUUACUCCUUAAUAUUAAUAUUGCUUUACUAACAUAUACGUUGUAUUAUUUGUUUCAAG